CUUGCUUUUUUGUCAAUGCUGGUUGCAUUUAUGGUUGGAGUUUUUCUUGUGUUAAUCCUUCUUCCAUAUCUUUAGCUCCAAAAGCACAUACUGCAAGUGACGUGUGGUGAUACUUUUCCAUAACACAAUCAAAAGCUCAUUACGAUUUGAUGAGAUCGUAUAAUUUAAACUUUUGUACAUCUGUUUCUUGAUUGCUUCUCUCUGCAAUUUUCUAUUCACAAUAAUUUGAUCAGAUCUUUUACAUUUUAGUUUAUUGUGGUCUUAUGAUGCUGAUUUUGCUACAAUAAUGUUUUCUGGGGACAAAAUUGUAACAAAAGUAAAACUUUUGGGUCAAUUCACAAUUUCUAUUAGUUUCUAAAAGUCGCCGCCGUCACUACUCACCAUCAUCAAAGGCGAUAUACCUUUCUUCGCUUGCGAAAAUAACGAGAGACUCGGCAAAAUUCGAAUCUUUCUACAAUGGAGAAAGGGGUAGUGAUGGAGCUGAUUAGAGGGUCUACCAAUUGGGCCAAAGUUGUGGAAGAUAUCGUGAAGCUUGAGAAGAAAACGUUCCCUAAACACGAAUCUCUCGCUCAAACUUUCGACGGAGAGCUGCGCAAGAGAAACGCCGGUUUGCUAUACGUGGACGUCGACGGAGAAACAAUGGGUUAUGCUAUGUAUUCUUGGCCAUCUUCGCUUUCCGCUUCCAUCACCAAGCUCGCAGUGAAGGAGAAUCGCAGGAGACAAGGUCAUGGAGAAGCAUUGUUGAGAGCUGCUAUUGACAAGUGCAGAAGCAGAAAGGUGCAACGGGUUUCACUUCAUGUCGACCCCACGAGAAGUGCUGCGGUGAAUCUGUACAAAAAACUUGGGUUCCAAGUAGACUGUCUAGUGAAAAGUUAUUACUCCGCUGAUAGAGAUGCUUACAGAAUGUACCUAGAUUUUGAUGACUCUGUUUAGCCUAUAAAAUAUUAAUUGGAGAUAUAAAUGUUUCUUCUUUUUUCCAGCUCGUGGGUCGUGAAUGAUACGCCUUGUACA